CCCGCGCCGGGGUCCCUGCAGUCCCCGCGGCUGCCCCGGGCUCCCUGCCCAGGCGCCCCGGCCUUAUUCCAGCUUGGGGAGCGCUUCGGGGGUGGGGGGAUCGCGGGACAGCGAGAGAGGCCGAGGCGGGGGCCCUGGGCUCCAGAUUUCCCCGAACCGGGGAGGCGGCCCCGACUCCGGGAGCCAGAACGCAAGGAAAGGCAAGGACCGGGCGGCCGGCGGAGGGGCGGGUGCCGCUCUUCAGCCACGCCAGUCACGUCUGGGGCCACUCGGCUGCCUUUUUCUUCCUUUCCCCCUUUGCUCUCUCCCACCUCUCCGGUUGGCGAGGGCAAAGUGGCCUUGGCGGCGCCAUGCCCGGGCCGGAGUGAGUACGCGCGGGCGAAAAUGGCGUACAUCCAGGUAGGGCUGAGGCUGGGGGCAAGGUCUGGGCUGUGGGUUGGGGCUGCCGCGCCCCCUCCGGCUGGGAGCGCGCGGAAGGGAGGGCACGCGCCUAGGCUCCCACAAACUUGCUUCGAGAAAAAGGGUGCCCAAGCGCUGGCAACCUGUGCAGAAGCAGUGGUGCGCUCCGGGAACAGAGGCUGGGGGACCCCCAGACCCCGGGAUGCAGGGCCCUAUGUGGACUCUGCACGCGUGUCCUCGCUUCUUGCGGUGGGAAUGGGGGGUUGGGCAGACUUUUCUUCCCCUUCCCCCCGUCUUGGCACCCCACCCCAGGGGAGGGGCCGCAGGGAGGGCGGCCCGGGGCGCGCCAGUUGCAGUUACAGUGGUGACGGCUCUUGCUAAUUGGCCGGCGGAGCGAGCCUGAGGCUGCUGUUCCGGCCAGGAGGGACAAGGACGUCGUCUCUCCCGUGCUGAGAGGUGGGGGACACUCAGAGGCCAAAGGCGCGCUGGUGAGGGGAAGAGAGAGGGCUGCUUUAGUUCAUGGCAUUGGGGUGUGGGAGAUAUGGACCCCCCCAUCACCUUGAAGAAACUCCCUCAAAGAUCUGUGAGCUGAAAUAAUUUACAUGCAGCUUGAGGGGGGCAGGGUUGGGCUGCUUGCCUUUCUCCUCUGCGGGGAGAAAGGUGGCGACAGGUCAGCGCCAAGGUCAGGCGGUGAGACCCGCCGAGCUGCCUCUGCCGCUGGCUCCUUGGAUCUGGGGAGAGAAGCUUAUGGACUCCCACGUCCAGGGUGCAUCUUGGCUCACAUCUUGUUCCCUCAGCCACAGGGAGGGGGCUGCUGGUCGCCUGGUUCCCCUCUGGCUUACACGCUCCUUCAUCUUGUCCUCAGACUUUUCAGCUUGUCGGGAACUCUGUGCUGGGUUACCUGGCAGAGCUUCUCCCAUUCCUCUCCUAGUUUGAUUCGCUGGAUUGGCUUCCCUUUCACGGAAUCGCUAAUUCCUCUUCUCAAGUUCAGUGAAGGUCACAUUUCCUAUAUACCCACUGUGUGCUGAAUGAUGUUGAGGGGCUAUUCAAUGGUCGCUCAACAAACACUUGGGUGACCACCUACUAAGUGCCAGCCUGAGGAUACAGUGGUGAAAACGGCACAGUUCCCACUCCUUGGCAUGCCCGGUCUAGGGAGAAGUGAGCAUUGCAAGGGGCGUCUCUGGUUCCUAAUGCCCACCUUCAGCACAGAGAAAUUAAGUGACUUACCCUAGGCCAUAGCCACACAGCUGCUUAAGGAUCAAGCUGUGAUCUAAAACACGGGAUAGUGGGGGCUGGUGAGGGAUAUGUUAGGCAACAUUUUCUGUAAAGCGCCAGAUAGUAUUUUUUUUUCCUAAAGAGCCACAUGGUCUCUGUCACAACUGUGCAACUCUGUAGCACCAAAGCAGCAGUAAAUAGGUGGGUGUGGCUGUGUUCCAAUAAAACUUUAUUUGUUGACACAAAAAUUUGAAUUGUAUACACUUUACCCAAGUCAAGUAGUAUUAAUCUUCUUUUGAGUUUUUCAACCGUUUAAAAAUGUACAAAUCAUUCUUUGUGGGAGGACUGUACAAAAAUAGGCGGCAAGGCUGGACCUUUGUUUAGAAUGUCUGGGUUCUCCUUCCCCUUUCUGGCUUACUCUGUUCUCUUCCAUGGGUGUUAAACAUAAGAACCCAAUGGAACCGGUGCAGACCACCUUUCCCCUUGCUUUCAUUUUCCAUGGUUUCCCUUUGUUCUCCAACACUCAUCUUAUACCUGAUCCUUGAGAAAGCUAGGUUCCUCAAGAAAGGCACGCGGUGGCUUUGUUUCUGGUCACCAUGACUUUAUACAUGGUUUUUUUUUUUUUUUUUUUCCUUGAGACAGAUUCUUACUGUGUCUCCCAGGCUAGAGUACCAUGACAUCAGCCUAGCUCACAGCAACCUCAAACUCCUGGGCUCAAGCGAUCCUCCUGCCUCAGCCUCCUGAGCAGCUGGGACUACUGUGAUGCCCAGCUAAUUUUUCUAUUUUUAGUAGAGAUGGUGUCUUGCUCCUGCUCAGGCUGCUCUUAAACGCCUGAGUUCAAGUGAUCCUCCGAAGGUGGUCUGCACUGGUUUCAUUUCCCACCCUGAGUGGUAGGAUUACGGAUGUGAACCCUUGCACUGUUUUUUUUUGAGACAGAGCCUCACUUUGUAGUCUUCAGUAGAGUGCUGUAGCAUCAUAGCUCACAACAAGUGAUCCUCUUGUCCCAGCCUCCUGUGUAGCUGGGACUAUAGGCACCCACCACAAUGCCUGGGUAUUUUUUUAGAGACAAGAUCUCACUUUUGCUCAGGCGGGUCUCCAACUUCUGAGCUCAAGCAAUCCACCUGUCAUGGCCUCCCAGAGUGCUAGAAUUACAGGAGUGAGCCACCUUGCCCAGCCUAAAUGGUCUUCUUUGACCACCACAUGUCCAGGAAAUGCUUCUCUAAGAGAAUUGCUAUGGAUUGUUGUGAAAAGUAUCACUUUAUCCUUGCCCUUUAAUCCUAAACAUUUUGAAGCACUUUCUCAUGUAAGCCCCAUGAGGGUAUAGCUUUUUGCUCCUUUGUUCUCUGCUGUGUCUGCCAGCACAAUAACUGGUGCCUACUAGGUUCCACUGGGUCUUGACAACCAUCUACUACCCAUCACACAAAGGGUACAUUUUAUUUUGCAGCCAGGCACCAUGAAAGCGUUUGCAUGGUGUCCUAUAUCAUCUCAACAUCACCCCUCAGAAGUAGGGAUUAGCCCUUCCACUAAAGAAGAGGUAUCUGAGGCUCAUAGGGGCCCCCUGACUUGCUAAGUCAUAUGAUUUGUCAUUGGUGAGGCCAGGACCCCUAUUUCUUGACCCAGCUCAUAUGUGGCCCCUCAGCACCCUCAGAUAUGCUGUGUGUCUUUUGGAGGAGUUUGUGAUUAGUGUCUUUGACUGUUUCCCAGACUGUGGUUUAUUUCCUUAACCACUUCAAGGGUUUUGAAUUUUUCACGAGCCAUGUACCACCUGUACUAUUAUUAACUUUUUUUUUUUUUUUGCUAUAAAUGGACUCACUUUUAUUUUUACUUUCAAAAGUCAUAUGACAAGGAAACUUUAUGACACUGCCAUAAUAGAAAACCAGGAUCACGUGAUAUAAGCAGAAGGCAACUGGAAAAAUAAACACAAUGGGAAUAAUGCCACAUUAUUACAUUCUGGCUGAAUAUGGCCCUCUCCAAAGCUCUGAGCCGGGAAUCUGCUUUCUUUGUUUAAAAGGAAGGGGCAUGGGUAUGGAAUUGGGAAGCCAUAGAAAGAUGUUAACAUAAGGUGGUACCAAAUUGAGAGUUUCUCCUCCUUGAAAGAGAAGUGGAAAACAACUUUCUCUCUUGAUUCGAAGUUGUUAAGUUGGAGACCCACCUCAGUUUACCUCUGGGAUUCAACGAGGCUGGUUUACUUGGCUCAUUUGGGAAGCCAUCUGGAAGAGGAGGAGGGAAUCCUGUGCCUUGGGAAGCUGUGAGAAGAAGAUGGGGAGGGGGUGAGGCCACAAAAAAGGGAGGCCCUCCCUCCUCAGGAGGACCAGAUUAUGGCUUCCUUUGGGCUCCCUCUAUUUGUGGGUGGUCAUAUGCAACUCCCCACCAUCACCAUUGGAGCAGAAUUGGUAGGUAGAGCCUCCAGGAGGGCGGGGGAGCCAAGUAACAUCCUCUCCCUGCCUGGCUGCACGAUAGCUAAUCAUGUCCUUCUGGGUUGGCUGCGUGGCUAUUUCUGUAUAGGAAGGUUUGCUAUUCUCCUAAAGAGUGGCUGCAUUGGAUAGCAUGACUAUCUAUCCACCCGCUCUGAUUCAUAACAGCAUACGGUGCAAAUCAAAUCGAAAUGCUAAAGUUUCCCAUUUAUUCGGUGUUGGUUAACCAGGAGGCUACCAGCAGCCCUGAAAAUAGCAACACCUUGUUAGGAAGUCAGCUCCCUUCCCAGGAUGGGCAGUUGGAACCAUUAAACGAGGGUUUUCUUUCCAGAAUCUCUGAUCUGCUGCUGUGCAGAUGGACCUGCAGGCACUGCUGUCAGAAGUGCUACGAGUCCAGCUGUUGCCAGUCAAGUGAGGAUGAAGUUGAAAUUCUGGGACCUUUCCCAGCCCAGACGCCUCCCUGGCUGAUGGCCAGCCGGAGCAGUGACAAGGAUGGUGACUCCGUCCAUACUGCCAGUGAAGUUCCUAUGACCCCACGGACCAACUCCCCAGAUGGGAGACGCUCGUCCUCAGACACGUCCAAGUCCACGUACAGCCUGACACGGAGGAUUUCAAGUCUCGAGUCCAGGCGACCCAGCUCCCCGCUCAUCGAUAUUAAACCCAUUGAGUUUGGUGUUCUUAGUGCCAAGAAGGAGCCCAUCCAGCCUUCGGUGCUCAGACGGACCUAUACCCCGGACGACUAUUUCAGAAAGUUUGAGCCCCGGCUGUAUUCUCUCGACUCCAGCAGUGACGAUGUGGACUCUCUGACGGACGAGGAAAUCUUGUCCAAGUACCAGCUGGGCAUGCUGCACUUCAGCACCCAGUAUGACCUGCUGCACAACCACCUCACAGUGAGGGUGAUUGAGGCCAGGGACCUGCCCCCUCCCAUCUCCCACGACGGCUCUCGCCAGGACAUGGCUCACUCAAACCCCUAUGUCAAAAUCUGUCUCCUGCCGGACCAGAAGAACUCCAAGCAGACCGGGGUCAAACGCAAGACCCAGAAGCCUGUGUUUGAGGAGCGCUACACCUUCGAGAUCCCCUUCCUAGAAGCCCAGAGGAGGACCCUGCUCCUCACCGUGGUGGAUUUUGAUAAGUUCUCGCGCCACUGUGUCAUUGGGAAAGUUUCCGUGCCUUUGUGUGAAGUUGACCUGGUCAAGGGCGGGCACUGGUGGAAGGCGCUGAUCCCUAGUUCUCAGAAUGAAGUGGAGCUUGGGGAGCUUCUUCUGUCACUGAAUUAUCUCCCAAGUGCUGGGAGACUGAAUGUUGAUGUCAUUCGAGCCAAGCAACUUCUUCAGACAGAUGUGAGCCAAGGUUCAGACCCCUUUGUGAAAAUACAGCUGGUGCAUGGACUCAAGCUUGUGAAAACUAAGAAGACAUCCUUUUUAAGAGGUACAAUCGAUCCUUUCUACAAUGAAUCUUUCAGCUUCAAAGUUCCCCAAGAAGAACUGGAAAAUGCCAGUCUAGUGUUUACAGUUUUCGGCCACAACAUGAAGAGCAGCAACGACUUCAUCGGAAGAAUCGUCAUCGGCCAGUACUCAUCAGGCCCCUCCGAAUCCAACCAUUGGCGACGUAUGCUCAACACCCACCGCACAGCCGUGGAGCAGUGGCACAGCCUGAGGUCCCGAGCAGAGUGUGACCGUGUGUCUCCCGCCUCCCUAGAGGUGACCUGAAAGGCUGCCAGGAAGAAGGCUUUCAUUUGUUUAAAAAAAAAAAAAAAGAAAGAAAAAGACAAAAAAUGUGUCACAUACUAUUACAUUCACACCUGCAAACACACACACACACACACACACACACAUACCCUAAAUCCUCUCGGAACAGAGAGGAAACUGACUAUUGAUUAUAAAAUGGCCAACUCCGAUGAGUGAGCCCUGAGAACUUUGUGGAAGCCCUACCCAUAGAUCACAAGCUGAGUAGGCACUGCCGUAGGACUUAUUGGCAGUGCUGCUCUUGUUGCUACCCCUGCCCCCAAAUGCAACCCUCAGGCCAGAAAGGGGACUUUCCAAAAGGUGCCAGCCUCCACUGAGACUAAGUUCCAAGAGUUUGGCCAGUGUGUGGGCAACCUGACUCCCCCACCCCAAAACACUGGCCCACUUGGCAACUUCUGAACAGGCUGCUGUUAUUCAAACCUGAUACCUUUCUCCAAAGGUGUAAGUAUCUUUGUUUUCUUAGUAAAUGUGAUAGCUAGGUUAGACUAUUUAGAGAAACCAAAUUGCAACAAAAAAAUACUCCAGUAUAAGAAGCCUCUCCUGGCUUAACCCAAUUGUCCGUGUGGUAUGUUCUCACGCCUGUGCCCUCACCAAGGAACAUGUGUGUGUGCCUAGGAGUCCUCUGGAGAGAGCAAGGUGACAGGUUGGGACCUCAACCCCAACCACUCCCUUCUCUCUGCCUCUCCCACCUGGUGAGAUUUUACCCAGCAUCAUCCAGUCAAAGACCCCACCUGGGGUGAUGGUAACGUGUGUGUGUGUGUGUGUGUGUGUGUGUGUCCAGUAAAUAGAAUACGUGUGCUAGAACAAAAGUAACAUUUUUUGACCAAAUCACGGUGACUGUGACCCACCGAAGAUCUUCAAAGAACUUGACACAUGGAUUAAAAUGGCCACCACAUCCCAUCCACGACAAUCUCCUUCCUUAAUCAUACUCUAAGGAUCUUUCUGUGUUCGUGUGUGAACCAAAGUCACGUCCCAUGUGCUAAGGAAUUAGUGGAGCUAGAGUAGAUCUCUGUCUCUCUCUCUUUCUCCCUCUCUCUCUGUUGGAUGCUUCUGUAUCUACCCACAGCAUAUUGUCUGGUGUGAUGGGGAGCUAUUUAUUGAAAUUAAAGAUUAUUUAUUUGUGCCAUGC